AUGGCAUAUCAAUAUCUUUAUGGGUUUAAUCCAAUUUUAGCUGCUUUAAGUGCAAAUCGAAGAAAGUUUUUUAAGCUUUUUAUGACUGAGCCUAUUUUUGAAAAUAAAAAAAUCCUGGACUUAGCAAAAGAAAUGCAAAUUACUACACAAGUUAUCACAAAAGAAAAAAUUGAGAAGUUUGCGUAUAAUAAACCACAUCAAGGAGUGAUCCUUAAAGCAUCUGAAUUAGAGCCAAAUAAAAUUACAGAUCCAAGUUCUUUAUAUGUGACAGGAAACCAUAGUCAACUUUGAGUUUGCCUAGAUCAAGUCACAGAUCCACAAAAUUUUGGCACUGUUCUUCGUGUAGCUGAAUUUUUGAAAAUUGAAGGGGUUUUGAUUCCAUCAAAAAAUACAGCUCCAUUGUCAGCUACAGUCGCAAAAGUAAGCUCUGGGGCUGUUGAUUGGAUGAAUAUUUGUAGUGUGAAUGAUAUCCCUUUAUUUCUAUCUCAAGCAAAAUUAAAAGAAUGAAAAGUUAUUGGAACAGGCAAAGGAGCACCAAUUUCAGCCCUCCACACAUUUUUAAAGCCCUCGGAUAAUGUUAUUAUCAUAUUUGGUUCAGAAGGGCAAGGAAUAAGGCCCCGUAUCUUAAAAGAAUGCCAAGAACAGUUUUGGAUAGAAGGCCAUUCAGAAGCAAUCGAUAGCUUAAAUAUUGCUACAGCCUCUGCUAUAUUUUUGCACAAUUUAAAAACAUAUUUAAAUAAUUCGUAA